UCCUCCGUACCCGGAGAUGGAGACGGCGCCCCUUGAAGCAGAGCGACAGCCACAAGCUGGCUCACAGUAUGGCUUCGACCAUGCCACCCAGUUCCGCGGCCAUGAGCUGCCGCAAGAUGUGCGCGGCUCCGAGAUGGAUCGUCAAUUCGCCUUGCCGAUGGAGGCGAGUGCACCGGUGGAUGAGGCUGCCAGCAGCCCUCAAGCCAGCAAGAGCAGGAAGAAGAGCGGUCCUCGGGUCCGUCGGUGCGCUCGGUGCAUCCAGAGGCACAAGAAGUGCAGCCAUGGUCAAGCAACAGCCGCCGCCGCCAGCGAGCCUGCAGAGGACCAGAAGGCCAAUUUUCAGGCCAGUAUUGACGAUGAGCAAAGUUCUGGUCCGUCUCGCAACCUGGAGAUCCCGACUGCCAGUUCUGGCACCACGGCCACGAAGCCAAUGCCGCAGAAGCGUGCGGGCAAGAUAGCACUCUUGAAGGCCGCCGAAAAUGGAGAUACAGAGUCCUCCGAUUCUGUCUCUACGGUAGCUGAGCGCUACGCUGCCCAGGGCAGGACCAUUGUCAAGGCAGGCCCGGACCCGGAUAGAAUGUGAAGCGACCGCUCUCUCUAAUAUCGGACGGGGUUUCCAAUCGCUGGUGCUUCUCAAGUGUGCUGCAAAAUAACAAAUUUGCCGAAAGAAUUGUAAUUCUGUUCACUUAUGAGCAGUUACGCCUCAAGCGCUUGGUUGUCUUACCUUAGGUACAUAGAGCUACGACCAGUACUCACAGAAAAUUCC